AUGGCUCUUUGCUUGAGAUAUGUUAAUAAAAAGGGAGAAGUAUGUGAGAGUUUUCUCGGUAUUGUGCAUGUUCCCAAUACUACUUCUUUACCUCUUAAAAGUGGUAUUGAGUUAUUACUCAUGGAGCACUCUUUGACUUUCUCACAAGUUCGAGGGCAAGGUUAUGAUGGGGCAAGCAAUAUGCAAGGUUCAAUCAAUGGACUUAAAGCUUUGAUAUUAGAGGAAUGUCCUCAAGCAUACUUUGUGCAUUGUUUUGCACAUCAACUUCAGUUGACACAAGUUGCACUUGCUAAAAAGAAUUCAGACUGUGGUUGGCUUUUUGUUGAUGUACUUGCACCUCUCUUGAAUUUUGUGGGUGGUUCACCUAAAAGGAAAGAAUUUCUUAGAGAGAAACAAGCUCAACGAGUUGUAGAAGCACUAUCCUUAGGUGAACUUGAAUCGGGAACGGGUUUAAAUCAAGAACGUGGCUUAGUUUCUGAUGCAAUUGAUUCAAAUAAAGCACAAGCUCUUACACACUUGUUGAUGUCAUUUGAUUUUGUGUUUGUGGCACACUUGAUGGUUUUUAUAUUUGGAAUCACAAAUGCAUUGAAUGUGGCUUUGCAAAAACGUGAUCAAGACAUUGUAAAUGCUAUGACCAUGGUUGAUGUAACCAAGAUCAAUCUACAAAAGAUGAGAGAUGAAGGAUGGGAUUCUCAUAUGGAAAAAGUCACUUCUUUUAUGGCUAAAUAUGACAUCGAGAUUCCAAACAUGGAGGAGAGAUAUCAUGUUCCGGGGAGAAGGAUGUUUAGAGGUAAGAGCCCACAAGUUACAAAUCUUCAUCAUUUUCGAGUUGAAGUUUUCUUAAGUGUCAUUGACCUUCAAUUGCAAGAACUUGAGAAUCGGUUUCCGGAGAUAAGUAAGGAACUACUUGUGUGUAUGUCUUGUUUUAAUCCAACUAACCGAUUUUCUUCCUUUGACAAAAGAAAAUUGAUUCAACUUGCCAAGUUUUAUCCCAAUGAGUUUUCAACUACCGAAAUGAUAUUUUUUGAUUGGUCACUUCAAAAUUUCAUUGUUGAUGUUAGAGGAGAUGAAAGAUUUUGGAAUUUAAAGAGUCUUCACGAGCUUUCAAUGAAACUUGUUGAGACAGGAAAGUCCGAAACUCAUGAUCGGGUCUACUUGCUUUUGAAAUUAGUGUUGGUUUUUCCCGUUGCAACUGCAAGUGUAGAAAGAGUAUUUUCUAGUAUGACGCAAGUGAAAGAUAAAUUGCGUAAUAGCAUGGGAGAUCAAAUGUUGAAUGAUUGCUUGAUUACUUAUGUGGAGAAAGAAAUGUUUUUGAAGGUUAGCAAGGAUGAUAUUAUAAAUCGAUAUCAAAAUAUGAAAACUCGUCGAGAACAAUUGUAA